UAGUAAUGGAAACAGCAGGCAGUACUGUAAAACUUAUACUUAUUUUAUUACGCAGAAGAAUCAGAUCAUGGGUAACAUAGAAGCGAAAGAAACCAUAGCCAAGAUGCCUGAAUCUACCGAGACAACAGAAUCAUCAUCGGACUCCAAUAAAGUAACGUCGACAUCGUUGAAGGCCAAGGCGCCAUCAUUGAGUGCGACAUCGAAACGACUUCGUCUGGUGACAUGGAACAUUUACGGACUGGGCAACCGAGACACUUUAGCGAGGACAAGUGCAGUAUAUGUGACACCCUAGAAAGUCUUUUCCCCGAUGUCAUCUUCCUCCAAGAGAUUAUCUCUAAGACACUUCAUUUCAUCCAAGAUCGUUUGGGAUCCUUGUACCAACUAGUUCCUGGAGGUGAACAGAAUGCAUACUUCAUCCUCACAUUGGUCAAGCGGUCAUCGGAAAUCAACAUGCUUCACACCAAAAUCCACUCUUUCCCGAACACCAAGCUUGGGAGAAACCUGCUUAUUGUAAAGGUGACUGGACGAUUUCAGAUUGAAGAAGAAUUCCAAAACUUUGGGGUGGUCAUGUCAGUGGGGGAUCUCUUCGUUUAGAGUUUACGCUCAGAUAUUGUAGUUGAGAGAUGCACUCUCAAUAAGAGAUAUUCAACAGCUACUCUGGAACAGAUUCCACUAAACUCGAAUCGAUCCCUAAAAUGACUUGCUGACUAAAAUUUAAAAUUAUUUCUUUUAAUCAAGAGUACAUUAAUAAGUAAAGCUAUUACGCAAUCAUGAUUAUUAUAAUCUGUAUUUGAAUGACACCUCGCUUCAUACCGGGACUGCACCUGGAUUGGAACAAAUGUAAAUUGUAGAUACAUUUUUUGCCGAAUAACACUAAUGCCGCCAGUAGGACUCGAAUUGCGAGACCACGAAAUUUAAUAGCAAACGCUCAUUAAAUGCAUAUAAGCAAAUAAGGAUGGUA